CACAACAUUCCUAAAUUCCUUUAUAUGUUUCGCGAAAAAACCCUAGAAUAUCUCUGCCAGCGUCUUCAUUUCAGCUGCCUCCGACGCUCUUCCUCCCUCGCCGCCGGCCGGAAUUUCCCGUUUACCUCGCGAAAAUGGUUCUUCCAAACGAUGUCGACUUGUUGAACCCACCAGCUGAGCAUGAGAAGAGAAAGCACAAGCUUAAGCGUUUGGUUCAAUCUCCUAACUCUUUCUUCAUGGAUGUGAAGUGCCAGGGUUGCUUUAACAUAACAACGGUGUUCAGCCACUCGCAGACUGUUGUGGUGUGUGGUAACUGCCAGACGGUGUUGUGCCAGCCAACUGGUGGGCGUGCUAGACUCACCGAGGGUUGUUCUUUCAGGAGAAAGGGAGAUUAGAGAAGUAACAGGCAACUAUUUGCUUUUAGAGUGGGAAGUUAAAAAAGUUUAUAUGGGUAACAAAGUCAGUUUUGGUGUAUCCUGGCUUUUUCUUUUUUGAUCUUUUAAGAACAAAGGAUUUUUAGUUUACCAUGUCUGGUUUUGUUAUGUUUUUCAAUUAAAUUGGGUUCCGAUUCACUUGUGGAUUUUGAAUUUGCUAUAUAUUAGCUCUAAGUUCUACCUACAAUAUUCCCCAUCAAUUACUUUGAAGUACUUGAUAGA